AUGUCCACAAAGGGUGAUAAUCCAGCAAAAUGGAGGGAUGCUCUCCAAAGCCUUGACUACUACUCAGCAGAAUCUGGGAGUCUAAAAUGUGUGAACAGAGCCCUAUUGUUGAGUUACAAUGAGCUCCCAACUCACCUCAAGUCAUGUUUCUUAUACUGUGCAAUGUUCCCCAAAACAAAGCGCGUUCAUGUCAAAGAGUUGAUCCAGAUGUGCAUAGCGGAGGGGUUUAUCAAUGAGGAUGGUGGUAGACCACUAGAACGCAUAGCAAGGGAUUACCUCCUUCAGCUCGAUAAUAGAAGCUUGAUUCAGAUCGUCACCACAGAGUCUAUAUUUUUUGGAGUGGACGACGAAAUUAAAAUGCAUGACCUGUUCCGUGACAUAGCUGGUGAGGUGAUUAGAAGGGAAAUGUUUGCUGAAAUCAAAUUGAAGCAUAACACCAAACUUGAGUGGAAGCAAAGGCGUAGUUUGAUAAUCCUGAAAGGCAAGCAAAAGGUGAAUCUUGAAAAGGGCAAUAUGAAGAAGCUACGCACACUCAUCAUCCACGGUGGAGGGGUUAUUGUGAAUUCGCUCCCUCAGAUGUUCCAAAACAUGAAGUUGCUCAGAGUUUUGGUGUUGCAAUUGUUACCUAUUGGUAUGGAGGAACUGCCCAAUGAGGUUGGGGAUCUAAUUCAUCUUAGGUACAUCAGUCUUUUUGAUAAUUAUGCAAUUAGACAUAUCCCUGAUUCCUUAGAAAGAUUGCACAAUCUACAGACAUUGAAUUUGAGUCGUACUUCGGUGAAGAGUUUGCCUAAAUGCGUGUCACAACUUAUGCAACUGAGACAUCUCUUUGGAAACUUUAACUUACAAGUGGCAGAUAUUGUAUUCACAUCUUCUCAACUUCAAACAUUAUCUGGCAUGGUGAUUAAUACCAUUCAAGCAAGAGAAUUAGUAAACCUCACACAACUCACUGAGUUGGACAUUACAUUUAAAGAAGGGGAGGAAUGCUGGAGAGCAAUUUGUGAUUCUAUCAAUAAACUGACAAAUAUUCGCUCUCUAUUUAUUCUAUCUCAACAUAAUCGAUUCAAUAUGGUAUGGGAAUUUGGAAAUUUCUCACCACCCGUUUAUCUCGAGAAGCUGGCGCUUUAUAAUUUUCAGAAAUUGGUGAACUUUACCUGCACUCUUAACUAUCUUCGCUCAAUCAAUAUACAACAGUGUUAUGUAGAUGGGGAUUUCUUCAAUAUUUUGGAGAAACUGCCAAGCCUGGUGUGCCUCAACAUUCACUCUUACCGUGGAAAACAGUUAUUGUGCAGUGACGGAAGCUUUCCAAAACUCAAGAAGCUGGAGAUAUUCUGCGAGGAGCUUACCAAGUGGGAAAUUGGAAAAGAAGCUAUGAAAUGUCUUGAGUCACUAUCUAUACGUAAAUGCUAUUGUCUAGAAAUGUUUCCAGAAGGUUUGAGAGAACUUAAGUAUUUGAAAGAAUUGCAUCUAUUCUGCCCAUCUCAACUACUUGUUCAAGUGAUAAGUGUUGACGGUUCGGAUCGAUGGAAGGUUGAACAUAUACCAAGAGUUAUUAUAAUACAAAAGGUUGGUGAAAAGCCUUUUCUUUUAAGUUAA